AAUUAAUUAUUUUGGAUGUCGUUGGUUUUCACUCGUUUUCUCUCUCUGCUUUUCAAUUUCUCAACUUUGUUUCCAUUCCAAUUUCCAUGUGCACCAACACUUGCUUGUACCUUCCAAUCCCAUUUCCUUCAUCUUCUACUCUGCUUUUCUCUGAUCGAGCUAUGAUGAAGAAUUCACCUUAAAGAGCAUAGUUUUUGCCAUUCCUAGAUAAGCAAUGGUUGCGGAAUCAUGGUUUCGUAGUCUGUGGAGGACUCCUCGGAAGCAUGAUGCUAAUUCUGAGAAGGAGGUGAUUGGAGUAUUAGCAUUUGAAAUAGCAAGCUUGAUGUCCAAGCUGGUUAAUUUAUGGCAAUCGUUGAGUGAUAAACAUAUAUCUAGGUUGAAAGAGGAGAUCACAAAUUCAAUUGGCAUAAAAAAGCUUGUUUCAGAUGAUGAUCAUUUCAUUGAACGGUUGAUCUGUAUGGAGAUCGUUGAGAAUAUGGCACACGUGGCCGAGUCCGUAGCUAGGCUUGCAAAGAAAUGCAAUGAUCCGAUUUUGAAAGGUUUUGAGAACACCUUUUAUGGGUUUAUCACUACGGGUACAGAUCCAUAUGGGUGGGAAUUAACUUGCAAAAAGAUGGAAAAAAAGAUUAAAAAGUUUGAAAAAUUUAUAUCAACUAAUGCAAGUCUGUAUCAAGAGAUGGAGGUGCUUGUUGAUCUGGAGCAAACUCUUGCAAGAGUGAAGCCUAAUAAUGAGUCAGAUGGCGUGAGUCUAAGUGAGUAUCAGAAGAAAGUUGCAUGGAAAAGGCAUGAGGUGAAGAACUUGCGGGAUGUUUCUCUGUGGAACAGGACAUAUGAUUACACGAUACAUCUUUUGGCAAGAUCCUUAUUCACAAUAUUCUCUAAGAUCAACCAUGUUUUCGGAAUUCAAGAGAUGGUAGAUGAUGGUGGGACCAAUAACUCGAGUGUCUUAAACUCUGAUAGCAUUUAUAGAAGUCAAUCAGUUUCUGCAUUAUUUCAAUCUUCAUUCCACUCAUCACAGAAUAAUAUUGCCAGAUUUUCUUCAGGACCUCUUAAUACUAUUACUGCUAGAUCAGGUCCAAUUGUUAGAACAAAUAAAGCCAGCAUCUCUCAUUCAGGUCCCCUUGGUGACUCAUCCACAAAGUCAGGCCCAAUUUUAGGAAAGCAUACAAAUGUCAAUUUUUACUCAGGUCCCCUCGGAAGGAACAUGCAUCAAUCAGUCCCACUCACUAGAACAAAAAAAAUGAGCAAGAUUUGGAACUUUUAUAAACACUCUGCCGCCAUAACUGGGAAGGAAACUCACACAAGACAUAGUCGAAUGACUCAAGUUGGACCUUUCAAAGGAUGUAUGGCUUGGGACAGUUCCUCUGUCAUUGACUGCCAUUCAAAUGCAAGUGGCGUUCAUUGUGGGAUUCAGAAUCCAAAGGUACUUCAUCAUACUCAAUCAGUCUUCAAAUCUCUGUGCAAGCUAUUAAACCCUCCACCUGAAACCCUUGGUGCAGCUGCUUUAUCACUUCACUAUGCAAAUGUUAUCAUUGUGAUUGAGAAGCUAGCUGCUUCUCCACACUUGAUCAGUCUCGAUGCAAGAGAUGACCUGUACAACAUGUUACCAAGACGUGUCAGAAUUGCCCUCAAGGCCAAAUUAAAGCCAUAUACCAAGACCAUGGCAUCGGCAUCAGUCUUUGACACAGGUCUUGCAGGAGAAUGGAACGAAGCAAUGUCAAGCAUAUUGGAAUGGUUGGCACCGCUUGCUCAUAACAUGAUAAGAUGGCAAACUGAGAGGAGUUUUGAGCAGCAGAGCUUUGUUUCCCGAACGAAUGUGCUGCUGGUACAAACCCUUUACUUUGCAAAUCUAGAAAAGACAGAAGAAAUAAUCACCGAGCUUCUUGUGGGUCUGAAUUAUGUCUGCAAAUAUGGCAGGGAGCUCAAUGCAAAAUCUCUGGCAGAGUGCGGCAGUUUUAGGGUUGGCAAUGAAUAUCUUAAUCUGAAUAUAUAAAGACUUUGCAGUAAGGCUAAGGUUAUGGCCAUUUCCCACAGGAGUCCAGUUCCUUGCCAGGGACUGGAAUGAGGACAUGGAGAUAGACCAACAGUCGUCUUCUUGAAUCAACAAAUGAAAUUGAAAUGAUAGUUGAAGUAUGGGAGAAAUAUCUACAUUCCCAUUAUCAUGGUAAUUUAGUAUCAGAAUGUGUUUCUGGCGAGGAUUUUUUUUCUCUUGGUUUUGAAUAUUUAUUGUUGAUUCUCUUUGAUGAGUUUCAAAUCAUUAGAACUAGAACUUGGAUGGCUCUUUUCAAUGUUGUCAUUCUUCCUGUUUGAAGAGUUCCUACAUGGUGUUUAGGGUGUGCAUAUCUAUCAGCAUCAUUAUAUGUUAAAUUGUAUAGUGCGAUCACACGAUGAUAAUUGGUUAUUUAUCUAUAUCUUCUGAAUUUGUCAGGCAAAAAAUUGUCAUAGUACAGAUAUUAAGUACCGUGAUCUUCUCUCUUUUAUGCAACAAUUGCACAGAUUGAAACGCUGCUUUCUGUCA